UACAAAAUUGUCAAACCCAACCAAUCAGUGAUAAAUAUCAUAAGCCCAGCCCAAGUUAAACCCAGAGCACCACUCCUUAGUGCAAUCGCCCGCCGCUGCCGGCGCUGCUUUGUUCUGCACUUCCGGCGGAGGGAAACGAGACCAAAAGCGAUCGCAAAAACGGACACCAAAAUGUCGAGAAUAGCAUCUAUAACGAAACUAGCACGACAGAUCAACCGGCUUAAUCAACAAAGAGUCCAUUUUUCUCUCUCCUCCACUUACUCCACUCUGCCGAAAUCUCCUACCUACACACAAAUCAAACAAGACGAAACGAAAAUCCCGACAACUAGGACUCCCAAUCCGCCACCCCAAAUCCAUAUUAAAGACAUAAAAAGUCUUCCUAAACUCGAAAUAGGCGAAAACAUUCCAAGAAGGGACAAAAUCAGCUUCCUCGUGACGACACUUAUCGACCUCCAAGACAAUAAAGAAUCCAUAUACAACACCCUCGAUGCAUGGGUUGCAUGGGAAAGAGAAUUCCCGAUCGGUGCUUUGAAAAACGUGCUUCUCGCACUCGAGAAACAGCAGCAGUGGCACAAAGUAAUCCAGGUCAUCAAAUGGAUGCUUAGCAAAGGACAAGGGAACACGAGAGGAACGUACGGGCAAUUGAUCCGAGCCCUUGAUAUGGACCAUAGGGUCGAAGAAGCACACGAGAUUUGGAAGAAGAAACUAGGGUUUGACUUGCAUUCGGUUCCUUGGAAACUGUGCAAGCUUAUGAUCUCGGUUUACUAUCGGAAUAAUAUGCUCGAGGAUCUCGUGAAGCUGUUCAAGGGUUUGGAGGGUUUCGAUCGGAAGCCACCGGAGAAAUCGAUUGUGCAGAGGGUGGCGGAUGCAUACGAGGUUUUGGGGUUGAGUGAAGAGAAGGAACGAGUGCUGGAGAAGUACAAGACUCUGUUUGUCGAGUCGUCUAAUGGCAAAAUCAAGAAAAUCGGGCGGUCAAAGAAAAUAUCUUCUUGAAAAACUGACCCGAACUCCUUUUUUUCUUUUGGGGGGAUAAAAUUUCGAUGGUGGAAAGAAUUAUAACGUUCAUCCGUGUUAUGCUUCAGAAUCCUUAAAAGAGUAGGUUUUCGUUUUAUUGCAAGCUAGUUGAAUAUUCACGCUGUAUUUAGUGAGUCUACUCGGGAUUAUAUUACAAAGUUUGUGUCAUUAAUUCAAAGUCAAAAUGGUUUGGUAACAUUAAUCGAAGAUUACGGGGCGUUUUUAUUCUCUUU